AUGAAUGGCACACAGCCCACUGCCGUAAUGCAGUGUGAUCGUUACAAUGCAUCUUUAAUGGUCCCAAGCUCAGAUGGCGAAAAUGAGUUCCUAUUGAAUGCGUUUCAGCACCACGGAGGUGUUUGGAUCAAUUGUAAUGAUGCUGAAGUUGAAGGUGAAUGGAACUGCAUCGAGAAUGGUAAAUAUCUGACUGAUUAUCGGAAGUGGGAGCCCGACCAACCAGAUGAUGACAAAUGGCAGGCAAAUCAGGAUUAUGGCUUCAGGAUAACCCAAGUUUACGAUGAUAAGAAUCCAGACAUACUUGGCUUUUGGGGUGAUAUGAGCAAAGGUCGACCUAUGUUCAUCGUCUGUGAGCGUCCUCGCCAAGUCAGCCGUAGCCAGUCUGCUAUGAACGUGUACUGCAUGACCAUAGAUUAG